UUUAUAUAUAUAUUGUUGUAAUUCACUUAUUUUUUUUGUGUAGUUAGUAAUAUGGCGAGGCAGAGACAGAGCUCGAAUUGGAGCUGGCUGCAGGCGUAUGCAACUAAUAUGACUUUGAUGGCUGAGAUGGGAGAGCUGGAGGCGGUAAUUGGAAGAGAGAAGGAGACGGAGCAACUCAUACAAGCUCUGUUGAAGCGACGGAAGAGCAACGCCUGCCUCGUCGGCGCCGCCGGCGUCGGCAAAACCGCCAUUGUUGAAGGCCUCGCUCUCAAAAUCGCUCAAGGCUCAGUUCCGGAUAACCUCAAAGGAAAAAGGAUUUUCGCAAUCGACAUGAAUCGUUUGCUUGCUGGAACAAUAUAUCGUGGGCAGUUUGAACAAAGGAUGAAAGGUGUGUUGGAGGAGGUGAGGCGAAGUGAAGGUAGUGUGAUAUUGUUCAUCGAUGAGCUGCAUACUAUAAUCACGAGUGCUGCUGGAUUUGACGUUGCCAACAUUAUCAAACCGGCUCUCUCUAGAGGAGAUUUUAUGUGCAUUGGUGCUACUACGAUGGAGGAAUACACGAGAUACAUACAAAGGGAUGCAGCAUUAAAGCGUAGGUUUGAGAGCAUACAUGUGCGUGAACCAUCGAGAGACGAAACCCUAAAUAUGCUCAACGGCGUGAUUCACAAAUACGAGACUCAUCACGGCGUCAAGUACGCCGAGACGGCCGUCACCGCCGCCGUCGACUUGUCCAUACGCUACCUCAGGGAGCUCCACCUCCCCGACAAGGCCAUCGACCUCAUCGACAAGGCCGGCGCGAGAGCGCAGAUGCUCGGGGACGGGGGCGGGGCCCCCGUCACCGGCUCCGACGUCGAGCACGUCGUGUCGGCGUGCACGGGGAUUCCGGCGGCCAAGGUCGUCUCCGGCAAGGCGUCGCGGCGUCUGCUCGAGCUGGAGGAGACUCUGAAGCGCCGCGUGAUCGGACAGGACGAGGCCGUGGCGGCCGUGAGCCGCGCUCUCCUCCGAGCUCGCGCCGGAGUCAAGGACGCGACGAAACCCGUCGGCUGCUUCUUGUUCGCCGGCCCCACCGGAGUCGGGAAAACGGAGACGGCUAAAGUGGUCGCCGAGGAGUAUUUUGGGUGCAAAGAGGCCAUGGUGAGGCUCGACAUGAGCGAGUACAUGGAGUAUCACUCCGUGUCGCGGCUCAUCGGAUCGCCUCCCGGCUACCGAAGCCACGACGACGGCGGCCAGCUCACGGAGCCGGUGCGGCGGAGGCCGCACUGCCUCGUCUUAUUCGAUGAGAUUGAGAAAGCACAUCAACAGGUUUUGAACGUGCUUCUCCAAAUUUUGGAUGAUGGGAGAUUGACGGACGGCAAGGGCAAGACGGUUGAUUUUAGCAACACCGUCGUGAUACUAACGUCGAAUGUGGGAAGCGACAAGCUCAAAUGCGCUUUCAAGCCGGAACUACUCAACAGAUUCGACGAAGUCGUGGCGUUCAAGCCCUUACACAAGGAGCAUAUACAGAAAAUCCUCGAAAUCUUGAUCCGCGAAUUCUGCGACAGAGUUGCCGCCAACAAAAAUAUUAAAGUCACGGUUAGCAAAGGAUUGAAGGAAAGGUUGGUUUCGGAAGGAUACGACAAGAGCUACGGUGCUCGGGCGCUCAAGAGGGCUAUGGCUAGACUGGUUGAAGAUAAGUUGGCACGUGAAAUCUUAAACGAGACGGUGACGGAGCAAGAUUCCGUUAUCGUGGAUGUCGCCGUUGACGAGGAGAUGGUGAAUGAGACCGUGGUCAAACAUUCCAAAUUCCAAAUUUUAAUGAGAUUUGGAUUUGAAUUAUAUGUUCACGACCACAAUAUCAAAGAUUUUCGCCGAUUGAAAGGUAGAUGUAGAUUUAGAUUAUUUGAUCACGUCUACAAUAAAGAUUUUCAAGGGGCUAUUGGAUUAGCAGAAAUUAUACAUGUUGUAAAGAGAUAGGAUUUUUUUUUUUAGAAUCUAGAGGCAUUUUUAGAGGGAUAUGAUAUAUAUAUAUAUAUAUAUAUAUAUAUAUUUUAUCAUUCAACCACAAAUACUAUUGCAUGUAUUUAUUCAGACUUUCCUGUCUCUGGUUUAGGCGCUGCCU